AUGAGCUCAUCAUCGCCUCCGACCCCUCUAUCGCAGUCGACGUCCUUCUACUCGGCCCCGGAUGGCGAGGACAACUCGACGGCGGCCAGCAGCCCCGUCCACACACAUCUCUUCCCGUACCGGAGCGCACGGCCGCUGCCACGCGAGCUGAGGCAGCACUGUCAGAUCUUUCUCGAAGAGCAGCUCUGUACCGCCGACGAGCUCGACGUGGCGGUGCAGGCGCUCGCGUACCUGCGCGGGGUCGUGUCCGUCGUCGGCCCCGUAAAGGCCGACAUCCGCACGGCGGUGCAGUUCCGCCGAUGGAGCCGCCGGUCCGGGCACCGCGGCCACGGCAACGACAGCCAGCCGUCGGACCACAGCGACGACAGCGACCAGGGCAACCACGCCGGCGACGAGGACAGGCUGUCGGGCCGGCUGGCCAACGACAGCAGCUUGUGGAGCCGCGGGCAGGACUUCUGGUCGGUGCUGGGCUGGGCCAUGAACUGCAGCGUGCUGCACCCGCGGCGCUGGACGUACUGGAAGGCCUGGCUGGACCUGAUGCUCGACGCCAUGGACAAGGACUGGGAAGAGCGCGAGCGGCUGGACGCCGAGGCCCACCAGGCGGCCGGCACGACCGGCGACGUGCCCGUGACGGCGCGCCGGGAGUCCAUCGUGACCAUGUACCUGGACCAGCAGACCGGGCGGAGGGGCAGCUUCAAGGCCGUGAUCAAGGCGCUGCUGGCUGACGGUGGUCCCAUCUCGUCGGCCGCCUUCCGCGAGGUGUUUGACAAGGAGACGCGCGGGCCGAAGAGGAAGAAACCGUCAUCGUCAUCGUCGUCGCGGAAACGCAAGCGCGAGACGCUCGAUCUCGAGAACGACGAGUUCGGCGACUACCUGGUCGACGACGAGGACGAGUGCGCGUCUUCGGGGCAGUCGGAGCCGUCGACGCCGCAGAAGAAGAGGGGGCCGGACGAGCGCACGGCGGCGACGGGCCCCGGGGACGACGACGCCGAGCAGGUCGGCCUCGACCACCCGGGCCUGGUGGAAUCGGUGUGGGUCCGCCUGCGCCUCUUCCGCCUCGUCUCGCUGGCCACCCACACCAUGGGCCGGCGCGGCGAGCUCGACGACCUGUACUCGGACCUGGCGUCGGCGCUCAAGCUCGCGCCCCUCCCGCUCUUCUCGCUCAUCGUCAGCCAGCGGUCCAACCCGCUCCCGCCCGAGGCCCACGUCACCCUUCUCAAGGAGCUCUUCGCCCUGCUCCUGCCCGCGUCGCACCGGAAGCCCGCCAGGGUCGACCCGGACGCCGAGGAUGCCGGCGCCAUCACGCCACCCAUGCUGCGGGAAUGCUUCGCUCCGUACCCGGCCAAUACGGUCGCCGCCGACGACAACGCCAAGCUGUCCCUCGUCACCGAGAGCGCCGUUCAGCUGCUCUGGCGCUGCGGGGCGGUCGAGUACACCGAGCUCCUGGGCCAGGCUAUCGAGAGGGGCAUCGAGGCCCGCGAAGCAAAGACGAAGAAGAAGAGGUCUGCUACGAAGGCCAGGAUGGACCCGGGCGACAUCCUGGCCCACGAGGUCCUGAGCAGCUCGUCCGAGAGGCUGCGUCUGCUCCUCGAGGUGAUGAAGGCCACGGCUACUACUGCCGUUGACUAA